ACUGCCUGUGAUCGCGGCAAUGUUUCCCCCAGCUUGGCGCUAGCUGUCCAAGUGGCUGCUGCAGCACUAGGAGGGGGAAACCCAGCCUGAGAUGAUGUGAGAGAGAGCCAGCCAGCCAGCCAGCCUCUCUUUUGAUCCCACUAACUUCUGUUAGGAGGCACGUCUGAGACUGCUGAGCCCUGCAGAGCUGCCCUUCCAGAGUUUCAAAGCAGGCUCUGAGCUCUAAUAGCUUUGCUGCUCUCUGUGCAUGCAGCGCCGAGACGAUGCUUAGGAGAAGGUGGGGGGAUGGAGGGAGUCUGCUGCUGCGUCCCUGUCCUCUUCCAGGAGCAGAUCUGAGGAGGUUGCCCAGGGAAGAGCCAGCUUAAGAAGGAGCUGCCAGGGAUGCACCUGAAGUUACCUCUUUCCUGGCAGCCUGGAGUCACUGUAGGAUCCCCACUGCAGUUUUGUUCUCAGGAAGGAGGAGGAGAGAGGAGGAGGAGGAGGCUGUGAUGAUGGUAACCUGCCUCACAGGCAACUGAACGUCCAGCAAGAAAGGACUCUGUGCCUGGAUGGAAGAUGUCCAUGUCAGGAGACCAGACCGAGACUGAGGGCAUCUCCUGCCUGCUCCUUGCCUUCUGCGGCCCUAGAGCUGAAAGGGUUGAUGCUGAGGACUGUAUCUGGCUGGUGUCUCUUCUCAGCAAUACAGUCAGUUUGAAGCAUGCUAAUCAGGAUUGGCUCCAGCUGGGUUUUGGACCAGCAUCCUCUCCUUGUGGAGAACACAGAGCAAGAGUUUCCCAUGCAGAAGUCGACUCCAGCUCCAUUCAUGACUGAGGGAUCUUCCAAGCCAGCUAGACCAGAGCUGUUGCCCUUCAAUGCCACCAACUCCACAGAUUGUGGGGAGGAGAUCCUGCUGUAUGGAGAAACCGAGAAAGUCGUCAUUGGAACAGUCCUCUCCGUCAUCACCUUGCUGACCAUUGCCGGCAACAGUCUGGUCAUCAUCUCUGUGUGCAUUGUCAAAAAGCUGCGCCAGCCUUCCAACUACCUGGUGGUCUCCUUAGCUGCUGCUGACCUGUCCGUGGCUUCUGCAGUCAUGCCCUUUGUCAUCAUCACGGACCUGGUGGGAGGGGAGUGGCUCUUUGGGGAGGUCUUCUGCAAUGUCUUCAUUGCCAUGGAUGUCAUGUGCUGCACAGCAUCCAUCAUGACCCUCUGUGUCAUCAGUGUGGACAGGUACCUGGGAAUAACCCGGCCCUUGACCUACCCUGUGAGACAAGAUGGGAAGUUGAUGGCCAAGAUGGUCUUCAUUGUGUGGCUGCUCUCUGCCUCCAUCACUCUCCCUCCUUUGUUCGGCUGGGCUAAGAACGUCACCGUGGAACGGGUUUGCCUCAUCAGCCAGGACUUUGGCUACACCAUCUACUCCACGGGUGUGGCCUUCUACAUCCCCAUGACUGUCAUGCUCGUCAUGUACAACAGGAUCUACAAGGCGGCCAAGGCCAGCGCAGAGAAGCACCGCUUCAUGGACUUCCCCAGGCCCUACGAGCAAGACAGCCCGUACUGCAUUGAGGUCGGCGUCCGCGGCCAACACGGCACCAAGCGCAGCAAAGCAGCGGAGGAGUGCGCCACCUUGUCCAAACUGCUGCACCAAGAUCGCAAGAACAUCUCCAUCUUCAAGAGGGAGCAGAAAGCAGCGAGGACCCUGGGCAUCAUUGUCGGGGCCUUUGCCUUUUGCUGGCUGCCCUUCUUCUUGAUGUCCACUGCCCGGCCGUUCAUCUGUGGCAGCCAGUGCAGCUGCAUCCCCCUGCGGCUGGAGAGGACCCUGCUGUGGCUGGGCUACACCAAUUCUCUCAUCAACCCUUUGAUCUACGCCUUCUUCAACCGGGACCUGAGGACUACUUUCUGGAACCUGCUGCACUGCAGCUAUCGCAACAUCAACCGGAGGCUGUCGGCUGCCAGCAUGCACGAGGCCUUGAAAGCCACAGAGAAGCACGAGGGGAUCCUUUAAGACUGCGGGCUGUUCUGGCCGGUCAUCUGACAGAUGUUUGGAAAUGGUUGCUAAUGGAGGCCAGAACCCCUCCUCCCCACCACCCACUCGCCUAGAAAUAUAAAAUAGGGCAGGGCAUUCAAAACGUCAUCAAGAUGAACCUCUCCAAUGCAGGGCAACAAUGACCUGGCCUUUUCCCUGGGACAGCCUUAUGAACUGGUCUAUAAAAGGUCCUAGUCCCUAAGCAUACCGGUGCCCCUAUAGCUUUUAGCCAUCUUUCAUAGCCCCACAGCAAAAUGAGAACAGAUAUGUUCUGAUUUACGAGCACCCCCAGAGGAGUGACCCUUGGGUCCUCAGAUGUUACAUUGACUUGUUUUUACAUUUAUAUCCUGUCCUUCUUCCAAGCAGGCCAAAGUGGUGUACAUGGUUAUGUUUAUCCCCACAACAACCUCUGUGAGGUAGGUUAGGCUGAGAGAUAAUUGGCUGGCCCGGAGUCACCCAGUCACUUUCAUGGCUGGAUGGGGAUUUGAACUCGGGUCUCCUGAGCCCUAGUCCAGCACUCUAACCACUACACUACAUUAACUCUCUACAAUGCCCUUUGGCGGUUGGGGGUGGGAAAGAUGAGAGAACGUCUGUGAGAACUUCAAGGACAUCUGGGGCCCAAAGUUGAGAGGCUCUGGCCUAGAGGUGACGUUUCUCCCUGCAGCUGAAUCGGCAAGUGAUCUUUACUGGCCUGCUGUAGCAUAACCGAAGCGACAGAGAGGCAACUUCCUGCUGGCAGUUCCUAUCCCAGGCCUUAGCCUCAGGGGUGGAUUCACCCUUUUGCUGCCCAUAGGUGGCCAAGGAUUUUCCACCGCCAGCGGGGAGGGGAGGGGUGGCGAGGAAGAAGCCCCCCCACUCUAAACACAGCAGUGGGAUGGGAGGCAGCCAGUGACGGCCACACAGUGGCUGCUGAGGGGAGGGGGGACGAGAGGCCAGUCCCCCCUUUUACCUUAAAAUGCCACCCAGAAUGGCGUGAGGUCGGGGAGGAAGUUCCCCCCUGUGCCGUUUUACCUUCAGAGCUGCAGCUUUCCUGAACGAACAGCGAGGGAGAACUCCUGCCAGCUCCCCUCCUCCCUCCCCAAUGUGUAGCCAUCAUUGGCUGCCCCCCAUCCCGCCUCUAUGGUGGUGUUUAGAAGAAAAAGGGGGGGCUUCAUCCUCACCACCCCUAGCCCCUCCUCACUGCGGCAGUGGACCUGCAAGAGGUUUAACCUCUCACCACCGCCACCGCCCACAGCAGCAGCAGUUUUAAAGGGUUUUUUAAAAUAAAAAGUUUUAAAGGUUGUUUUUUUUUAAAAAAGAAAAAACCUUUCCGCCACCCCAAGAUCUGCCACCCUCCUAGGAUUCGCCACCGUAGGCAAUCGCCUCUGUUGCCUCUGUGGUAAUCCACCUAUGCUUAGCCUGCUGGCAAAGAGAUCAGAGCCACCCUGGGGCAAGGGGAUGUGCAAAUCCCAACUUCAAACUCAGCGUUGGAGAGGAGACAAGCUGGUACUCACGGGGUGGAGCACUCAGUGCUAGGGAGACACAGCACUGGUGAGUCUGAGCAGCACAGAUGUCGGAAGCAAGAUCUGGGCGUGUCUGUUGUGUUGCACUUCUAAAACCCUGAUCAUCUCUAGAGAAUUUUCUGUCCACAGGGCUUUGUUCCAUUCUCUCAGCCGUGGGCCGUAUAAUGUGGUCAAUGUAACCAGCAGCUCCACUGGGGGCAGAGAUAGGAACAUAGUCAGGAAUAGAGGAGUAGGAGGCUGCCUUCUACCAAAUCAGACCCUUGGUCCAUCAAGCUCAGUAUUGUGUCUACCCAGACUGGCAGCGGCUUCUCCAAGGUUGCAGGCAGGAGUCUCUCUCAGCCCUAUCUUGGAGAUGCUGCCAGGGAGGGAACUGGGAAUCUUCUGCUCUUCCCAGAGUGGCCCCACCCCCUAAGGGGAAUAUCUUACAGUGCUCACAUGUGGUCUCUCAUUCAAAGGCAACCAGGGCAGACCCUGCUUAGCCAAGGGGACAAGUCAUGCUUGCUGCCACAAGACCAGCUCUCCUGCUCUUUGAAAGUAUAUGGACAAUGCCAGAUGUGGGAUGGAGCCAGAUUUCCAUACAUGUCCACUGAUUUCUAAUCAUCAUGCCCAAUUGGGCACCUAAGCUCCAUUCCUGUAUGUUGACCAAACAUCACUGAUGGAAGUAAAGUAGCCGCAGGGAGUCAAACCUGCUUGAACCAAACGCUUGUUUGUUUGUUUGUUUGUUUGUUUGUUUGUUUGUUUGUUUGUUUGUUUCCCAAGCUGGAAGGAGAACACAAACCACAGUUUAGAAGUCCUCAAAGUAAAACAUUUUUUUUUAAAUGUUCAGGUUUCACCAGUUUAAAAUAAGGCCUUGAUUAAGAAAAAUGCACUCACAUCAUAUAUAUCGAGCAUGUAGAACAAAUGUUGGGAAGGGGGCUUCUUCUUUCUAGGCUUCUGUACUUGAUUCUCAAAGGGCUGGGGAGCUGAGCGGGAGCCACUGUAAUUAAAUAGUACAAUUCAAUAAAGAUGUUACGGAUUUAC